AGUUGCUCGCGUCUGAGACCGCGGGUCGUGUCACCUCCAAGUGCAUCGAUUUGAUGGGGGGAGUCGGUUUCACCAAAGACUUCCCGCAAGAGAAAUAUUUCAGGGAUGCGAAAAUCGGCACCAUUUACGAGGGCACGAGCAACAUUCAAUUGACGACGAUCGCGAAGUGCAUUCGUAAACAGUACGGCUGAGAAAUUAGAAGCGUUACGUACAGAAAGUAUUGUUGGCUGUGAAUAAAUUGGCCAGUGACAAAUUAUUCCCGCUCAGUAGUUUUAUUUUUAUCAUUUGUACUACUAAUGAAUAAGAAUAAUUUGUCACAGUCAGUGAUAUUUUUCUGUAAGAGGUGAUCGUAAAGAUCGAGGGUUUAUACAUAGAAAAGAAGAUAUGAUACUUGUAUCAUGACUGUUAAUAUCUUCGUUAUUAAGUGGCAAAUUCUAGUAAUUAUAUGGAGUCAUUUGUUUAGUGACAUGCAGUUACAUAGUGACGCUAAUAUGCCGAUACACAAGCCGGUGUUUGUUAUAAUGCAUUUUUACUUUUAAACGUUUCGGAAUAUUUUUAAGACAUUUUAACAUUUAAUAUGCGCAUAAUAACGUGAUACAUAAAUAUAAAAUGAUAGAUGUUGCGUGGAAAUGUGCCUUUCCAAAACAUUAUCGAAUAUGUAAAUAUACUUCCAUGAGAUAUUUGUGGUUGAAAGUGUAUAUUUUACGAUGACGUAACGUAUCUUAAGGAUUGUAUUAUAUAUCGGUUAAGUGUUCAUUUCAGAUGUUGUAUGUAUAUUAUAUAUAUGUAUAUAUAUUUUUUCUCUUCUACAAAAUAUACGGUUUUGCAGUAAAUCGAA